CGGAGUAGACCUCGCCUCGUUGGUUAGCGCUGCCUUUUAAAGCAAACGGGCGCGCACUUCCAGCCGUCAUUCAGUCUGAAUACUAGACACAGGGAAGGAGUACUGCUGUGUCGUCCAACCAUCCUUCUCUUUCUUUCCCUGUUAUUAAUAGAUACCAAACUAGCUACCCCCUUUAGCUGUUGUUAUUUUUUAUUUGUAUGUUAACGUUAAACGGUUAGUCAACUAGCUCAAUCAUGUACCGGUACUUCGGGGAGUUGUUAUCCCGCGGGGCGGGCAGUGCACUGGCCUCGGGGUGCGUGGACUCUGCUCUCCCAGCAUCGGCCUCUCUAAUGCGGGUCCGACAGUAUAGCGAGCAGCCCGACGACCCCAACUUCUUUCGCAUGGUGGAGGGUUUCUUCGACCGCGGAGCCGCCAUCGUUGAGGACAAGCUUGUGGAGGACCUAAAGAGCAGAGAGACCCACGAACAGAAGACGAAACGAGUGAAGGGGAUUCUCCGCAUCAUCAAGCCCUGCAACCACGUCCUCAGCGUCUCUUUCCCCAUCAAAAGGGACAACGGAGAGUGGGAGGUAGUGGAGGGCUACCGCGCCCAGCACAGCCAGCACAGGACGCCCUGCAAGGGGGGCAUCCGCUACAGUGAAGAGGUGUCUGUUGAUGAGGUGAAGGCUCUGGCCUCUCUGAUGACAUACAAGUGUGCCGUGGUUGAUGUACCCUUCGGAGGGGCUAAAGCUGGUGUCAAGAUCAACGUCAAAAAUUACUCUGACAAUGAGCUGGAGAAGAUCACUAGGAGGUUUACCAUUGAGCUGGCCAAGAAAGGCUUCAUCGGGCCAGGUAUUGAUGUGCCUGCUCCUGACAUGAGCACCGGAGAGAGAGAGAUGUCCUGGAUCGCUGACACAUACGCCAACACCAUCGCACACACUGACAUCAACGCCCACGCGUGUGUGACAGGGAAGCCCAUCAGCCAGGGCGGUAUCCACGGUCGUAUCUCAGCCACCGGUCGCGGAGUGUUCCACGGCAUUGAGAACUUCAUCAACGAGGCUUCCUACAUGAGCAUGCUGGGCCUGACCCCCGGCUUCCAGGACAAGACCUUCAUCAUCCAGGGCUUUGGUAAUGUGGGUCUCCACUCCAUGCGGUACCUCCACAGGUACGGUGCUAAGUGUGUGGGCAUCGCUGAGUUUGACGGCAGCAUCUACAACCCAGAGGGCAUUGACCCCAAGCAGCUGGAGGACUACAAACUGCAACACGGUACGAUCGUAGGUUUCCCCGGGGCUCAGCCAUACGAGGGCAGCCUCCUGGAAGCUCCGUGUCACAUCCUGAUCCCUGCCGCCAGCGAGAAGCAGCUCACACGCAACAAUGCCCACAGAAUCAAGGCCAAGAUCAUUGCUGAGGGAGCCAACGGCCCAACCACACCCGACGCUGACAAGAUCUUCCUAGAGAACAAAGUCAUGGUCAUCCCUGACAUGUACCUGAACGCCGGUGGUGUGACAGUGUCCUACUUUGAGUGGCUCAAGAACCUGAACCAUGUCAGCUAUGGACGUCUCACCUUCAAAUACGAGAGAGACUCCAACUACCAUCUCCUCAUGUCCGUUCAGGAGAGUUUGGAGAGGAAGUUUGGAAAGCAGGGAGGACCAAUCCCCGUUGUCCCCACCGCUGACUUCCAGGCCAGAGUCGCUGGUGCUUCUGAGAAGGACAUUGUUCACUCUGGGCUGGCCUACACCAUGGAGAGAUCUGCCAGGCAAAUCAUGCGUACGGCCAGUAAGUACAACCUGGGUCUGGACCUGCGGACGGCUGCGUACGUCAACGCCAUCGAGAAGGUGUUCAAGGUCUACAACGAGGCCGGCAUCACCGUCACAUAAUCACCCUAUCAAAGUCAGACCCCUCCUAUACUGCCCUGAUAUUUGUUCCACCGCUUCCCCAUCGCCCAAUCAGCCUUUAGAACAUUUUAGCUUUUACAUUAGAGAUCCCCACCUCCCUUUCGUACGCACGCACGCACACACACACACACAGACACACAUGCAUACACACACACUGACACGUACUGUGUUCUGUGUCCCAUGACCUCGCCAUAUCUCAGUAUCAUGACGGUAACUCAGUAUUUCUGUAUCGUUUUGUUUCAGUAUUGUCGUUCAGUUAUUAUUUGUGUAUUUUGAAAGGAGCAGGUUGUAGCAGGAAGCUAGCAAUGCUGAGAGAGAUUUAAGACGACCCCCCCCCCCCCCCCCAUUACUAUCUGAGUUCAAUGUCUGUCUUUUUGUCUUGUUUGACCCUGGUGUUGCCAUGGUUUCAGACCACAGCACUGGAGAUGCCUUAGCUCUGACGGAGCUCUGUACUGAAGAGACGCACAUACACCACUAUACUGUACUUAAAAAAAGGAAAUAGAUUUCAUGUUAACUUUAGACUUAUACUUUAUUUAAAAAAAAGGGAAAUGGUUUAAAACUUUAUAUCAGGGAAAGGUGAUAUCAUAUGUGUUCCUCCCAGAGGAUACGGGUCAGAGGUCAAGGCCCAUAUCCACAAAGCAUCUCAGAAAAGGUCCUAGGAAUUCUGUUAGAACCUGUUUUAAGACAAUAAAACUCCCAGCUCAGAGUAGGUUUUAGGAUGAUGUUAAGACACUGCUCAGAUGGGCCUUCCGAGUGGCGCAGCGGUCUAAGGCACUGCUUGGGGCGUUACUAAAGACC